GUUUUUAAAAUACGAGCUCUAUCUAGGAGCUUCUUAAAAUACAGUCCCAGCUUCUUCGUCUUCUUGGAAGCCCAUGUAUUCUGCUAAAGUUUCUGGGGGUGCAGAAGCUGUUCAGCACUCUUUCCGCUCCCUUGUUCUCUCGCAAAAAAUCGACAAAUUCAGAUUCAAACUCAAGUUUUGAGGCGAGUUCAUAUCCUGAGUUUCUCUCGGAUUCAUAUUUGGUGUUCUUAUGGGUGCUAGUUUUUCCCGGCGUGUUUCGGAUUCUGAAUUUGCUGAUGUUGCUGUGAGGCCAAGACUUGGAGACAUACCAGAGAGCUGUGUGGCAUUGAUUUUGAUGUAUUUGGACCCACCUGAAAUCUGCAAGCUGGCUCGUUUGAAUCGGGCAUUUCGUGGAGCUUCAUUAGCAGAUUUUAUUUGGGAAUCCAAAUUGCCUUCGAAUUAUAAGUUCUUAGUGAAAGAGGUAUUGAAGGAUGCUUCUCUGAUGGAACUGGGGAAGAAGGACGUUUAUGCUAGACUUUGUAGGCCUAAUCUAUUUGAUAAUGGAACAAAGGAACUACGGAUAAAUAAGAGGACAGGUGGGAUCUGUUUAGCGAUUUCUUCCAAAGUGUUUAGGAUUACAGGCAUAGAUGAUCGGAGAUACUGGAAUUACAUUCCAACCGAAGAGUCAAGAUUCCAGACAGUUGCUUAUCUUCAACAAAUAUGGUGGCUUGAAGUGGAGGGAGACAUUGAUUUCCGGUUUCCGCCAGGGACCUACAGUGUGUUUUUCAGACUCCAACUUGGAAGGUCAUCAAAGAGGCUUGGCCGUCGGGUCUGUAACACUGAGCAUGUCCAUGGCUGGGACAUAAAGCCUGUGAGGUUGAAACUUACAACUUCGGAUGGCCAACAUGCUGUAUCCCAGUGCCAUUUGGACAAUCCAGGAAACUGGGUCCUCUAUCCUGUUGGAAGCUUUGUUUAAAACCCUGAUGAUUUGAUGAACAUCAAAUUUUCAUUGACCCAAAUCGAUUGCACCCACAUCAAAGGAGGUCUCUGCGUGGACUCUGUCUUGGUAUGCAACAGUAACGUAGGAAAGGAGCAGAAGAAGGAAAACUUGUUCGGCGGACCCAAUUUAUGAAGAUAAGACGAUUGGGUUAAAUAUAAGGAAACAGACAAGAACAUCAAGGUCUCCAUGGAAGGGGCUGAGCACGAAUGAAAUCAACGAUUCACGUGAACUUAGCACUUCCAGCAAAAGGUGGUACUGAUGGACUCGGCUUCCGUAUGGGCUCAUGGCUCGUGGGUUUUUUGAGUAAAAUGAUGUCAUUUGAAGCCUAGGCGGAAUGACAUGACGCAAUGAUAUGGGACAGAUCAAAACAGAUAGUAAAGAGCAAUUUGGCGAAAUUGAACUAAAAAACCAUCCAUUUUCGAAGUGAAUGAAUGUUUCUUUGUGAUUUGACUCAGUCUGCUCGUGUUAUUCUAUACAACUGGGGUCUGCUGAAGAUCGUCUGGUAGUUGAGAUGGAAAAAUGGAGGACUUGGUAAAGAUUGGUUUUGUUGGUUAAAAAUGUGUAGGGGUGGAGAUGCAAGGAUAGGUGAUGGGCCCAAAUGUGCCAAAUAAAGAUGCGAGCUGUGUUGUAAGAUUUUUUCUGUACACGUGUUCUUCAGUUGCAAGUGUGCGAGGCUCCUGUAUGUAGAUCCUCUGCUAUUACAGAGUGAGGAUUGGUUGUGUUUCUCCUCAGACCUUGUUUUUAAAAGUAAAAUCUAGACUGUAACUUGAACUUUGUUCUGUGUCAUAUUGAUAAACUCUGGCUAAGGGUUCGUUAUCUGCCGUCAAGCCUAUCUCCUGUAUUCCUACGCCACUUUCAGCCGAAUGGAAUUAGGAUGAAUACACAGGAAGUUGCACAAGGCCCGCCAACAUAUUUGUAUC